AUGUGUGACUUUGUGGAUGCAAUAAAAAGACCACUUUUUAUACCUCCACGUUUUGUAGCUUAUUUAGAAAAGCAUAAAAUAUACGAAUUAUUUCAGGAACUUGCUAAACAAUUAAUAAUUGAUCAACCAGAGGAUCAUAUUCUUUAUAUGAAACAAUGUUUAGAACAUGCAGUAAGAAAACGAGAUAUUCCAAGAAUUAUUCUCCUAGCGCCACCAAUUUUUGACAAAAUGGCUUUAGCACAAAUUUUUCAAAAAGAAUUAGGACUUCAACCGAUCACUGUGAAAGAUCUUCGUGAAAAAAUGAUUAAUAAGAAUGUAUGUCUGUGUGACGAAUCCGAAGAUCUGGCAAUGAAUAUGAAGAAAUUAUUAAAGUCUGGAACUUUACACAGUUCUGGUUGGAUUUUAGUUGAUGUGCCAAGAACAAAAAAAGAAGCUCGAGCUUUUCAACGACUUGGAAUAAUACCCACACAUGUUUUUCAAAUCAUAAUGUCGAAUGAUUUAGGUGAAAUAUCCGAAAAGAAUUCUAAUUGCCAGUUCGAUAAUAAUAAUAUACACUCUAUUAAUAUUAAUAAUGAAGAAAUGCGAACGUAUAAACAAAAUCUUCGUGGACUACGAGAUGCUUAUGCUAAUUUUUUAAUUGAAAUUGAAAUUGGAAUUAGAUCGAUCGAAGAAUUAGGAAAUGAUUGCAUAGCAUUAACUAAAAUAAAAAAACAUUCUGGUGCACCUUCUCUUUUCCGAAUUGCCCUAAUCGGUUCUCGAGGUUCAGGAUGUUAUACUUUAGCCAAAUAUCUUGCGAAAAGAUUCAAUCUUAUACAUGUGGAUUUUAAUUACAUUAUGAAACAAGCACGUCUUCAAGAAACACCUAUGGGUGAAGUAUUACGAUUAUUUGAACAUAAUUGCAACCAAAAACUUAAAGCAAGAAUACAAGUAAUUGAUGUAAAUAACUACAUAAAAAAGCCUGAAUGUUUAAACAAAGGAUGGGUUUUAACGAAUUAUCCAGUUACUGUAGAAGAUUUUAAACUCUUGGAUAUGAUUGAUACACCCCCAAAUAAGUAUAAAACUUUCAGAAUAAUCUUUGUCCAAGUGAGUGAAGAAAUACGUAAAGAGAGACUUUUAAAUCGUCGAUACAAUAUUAUUACUGGAAGUAAACAUAAUCUUAUUACGUGCGAUGAUUAUAAAAAGAAGUGUGAUUGUGAAUUAGGCGUACAUCCUAACGAUUAUGUUAAUGUCGUCACAGAACAAAUACGUGAAUACGACAAUAAUGUCGAAGAAAUGUUGGAAUAUGCCGGAGAAUCAGUUUUCAUAAUCGAUGGAAAUGCUGACGAACGAUCAGUCAGAGAAAGUGUAGAGGGUUGUUUGAUGCAAUCAAAGAUGUACAGUAAACUUAGAGAACCACAACCAUUUUCAAAAAUUGAUCUACGUGAUGUAGAAUUUGAUCCAGAUGAUGAACCUGAUAUAAGUAUUUUUGAUACAAUAAUGCCACCUGAAUUUAAAUAUUCUUUUAUAUAA